AUGGAAUUUGCUACAGCGCUUGUGUUCAUUUUCCUUUCCUGUGCUUGUGGAAUAGUUUGGGCUAUUUUCAAUUGGAUGGCAGUGCACAAAGUGGAAAUACAUCAUAAACAUGAAGGAUUAACUGAAUUGCUUUAGGGAGCUGAAUAAGAAAAGAUUGAAACAUUAUUAGAGAUAGGAGAGCACAUAUAAGAAGGUGCUUAAGCAUUUUUAAAAGAGGAAUACACAGAUUGCACAGUAUUUUUGGCAAUAAUGGCUGUAUUGUUGAUUUUCAUUUCCCCAUGGUCUUCAUUGGCCUUCGUAUUGGGAGCAGCAACCUCAAUGCUUUGUGGUUAUUUGGGUAUGGCGAUCGCAACAGCAGCAAACUUUAGAACAGCUUUUUCAGCAAUCACCUCAUUAGCGAAUGCGUUUUAAAUGGCCUAUAGAGGAGGAUGCGUGAUGGGAUUCUUAUUGGUUUCAAUCUCACUGGCAAUUCUAUCCCUUAUCAUAAUUAUAUACAAUGCAGUAAUUGUGAAAAGUGAUGAAAACAAUUACGAGGACUUGGUGAGAAUGUUCGAUUACGUUGCUGCCUAUGGAUUAGGAGGAUCAACAUUUGCCUUAUUUGGUAGAGUAGGUGGUGGAAUCUACACUAAGGCUGCAGAUGUCGGAGCAGAUUUGGUGGGAAAAGUUGAGAAGAAUUUGCCUGAAGACAGUCCAAAGAAUCCAGCCACAAUUGCAGAUAAUGUGGGUGAUAAUGUUGGUGAUAUUGCAGGAAUGGGAGCUGAUUUGUUUGGAUCAUUUGCUGAAUCUACUUGUGCUGCUUUAGUUGUGUCAUCAACUCAAUUAAGAGUCCAAUCUGAAGGUGGUUAUUCAAUUGAAAUUGGAUAGUUGAUGUAUCCUUUGAUGGUUUCAGCAUUCGGAAUUGGAAUCUGUAUAUUAGUAUCUGCUUAUGCUGUUUACAUUUCAAAAGUAAAUCAUAUUAACAAAAUUGAAUCUACCUUGAAACUUUAAUUGUUACUUUCAACUAUUGCUCUAUCUCCAAUUAUUAUUGGUAUUUCAUAUUGGGCCUUACCUGCUGACUUUGUGAUGAUUGCAGCUGAUGGAUCAGUCCAAUUAUCAGAACUUAAACCAUAUCAUGCAUUCCUUUGCUCUUUACUAGGAUUAUGGUCAGGAUUGUUGAUUGGUUAUUUCACAGAAUAUAUGACUUCGCAUUCUUACACUCCCGUAAGAGAAGUGGCCUAGUCUUGCGGUACAGGAGCUGCAACAAACAUUAUUUACGGAUUGGCUUUGGGAUAUCUAUCAACAAUAGUUCCAAUUAUAGCUAUUGCAGUGACUGCCUUAUUAUCAAUGAAAAUGCUCUCCUUUUAUGGAGUUGCCUUAGCAGCCUUGGGAAUGUUAUCCAAUUUAACUAUCGGAUUGGCCAUUGAUGCAUACGGACCCAUCUCUGAUAACGCAGGUGGUAUUGCUGAAAUGAGUGAAUUGGGAGAAAAUGUUAGAGAAUCUACUGAUGCCUUGGAUGCAGCUGGUAACACCACUGCAGCUAUUGGCAAAGGAUUCGCUAUUGGAUCAGCUGCCUUAGUUUCAUUAUCUCUUUACGGUGGAUAUUUAACAAGAAUAUAGACUUACAAAGUAGGUGCUAAAAUUGAUGAUCCUGUCAUCUUCGCUAUGUUAUUAAUCGGAGCUAUGUUGCCAUAUGCAUUUUCUGCCUUUACAAUGAAAUCAGUCGGAAAAGCUGCUCUCUAAAUGGUUGAAGAGGUUCGUAGACAAUUACAUGAGCGCCCAGGUAUAUAUGCAGGCACAGAAGAACCUGAUUUCAGAGCUUGCAUUGCUAUUUCAACCAAGGCUUCAUUAAAGGAGAUGAUUCCUCCUGGAUUGCUUGUCAUUGUCACUCCUACUGCAGUCGGAUUGUUCUUUGGACCAUAAGCAGUCGCUGGUUUAUUGCCAGGUGCAUUGGUAAGUGGAGUACAAAUGGCCAUUUCUGCAUCAAACACUGGUGGUGCUUGGGAUAAUGCUAAGAAAUACAUUGAAGCUGGUUUCUAUAGAAAUGAUGCAGGAGAAGUUAAGAAGAAGGGUUCAGAUGAACAUAAAGCUGCUGUUAUUGGUGAUACUGUUGGAGACCCUUUGAAAGAUACAUCAGGUCCAUCAUUAAAUAUUUUGAUUAAGUUGAUGGCCAUCCUUUCUUUGGUAUUAGCUGGAGCAUUUUGUAGAACUGGAUGGUUGUAUUAAGGAUGAUCACAUAUGAUUUAUCCAAUAUAAAUAUAAAACAUUAUUUAA